AUGGAGAAUCUGGUUUGGCUUUCUACAAAUGGCAAAAAGGAAAUGGAACAAGAGCUUUUAAGAGGACGUGACAUGGCAGGUCAAUUACUUGAAGCACUAACCUACGAUGAUAAGUCAAAUAUUAUUAGUGAAGUCAAAGGGUCAAACUCGAAAUCGUUAUCAACCUUAAUAGCAGGAGAUCUUGUGCGACAGAUACUCAAAUCAUUCACAAAUACUCUUUUGCUUCUGAACAACAAUCAAGACUCUAAUCAUGUUGCUGUAACUGGUAGAGAUGUUUCGGAUGGAGCAUACAAGAAACUCAAAACCCUAAACACUGAACAUCCAAAAGGGUCGAACAAGAGAAAGUCAAUUUCAGCAACUUGGGAAAAGACUAGCUCAAUAUUGAUUGAUGAUGGUUAUACAUGGAGAAAGUAUGGACAAAAGAAGAUAACAAAAGCCAAAUACUAUAGGAGCUACUAUAGGUGCACACACAUGAAUGAUCAACAGUGUGAAGCAAUGAAACAUGUUCAAAGAACUCAAGAGUAUCCUCCAUUGUAUAAGACUACAUAUUAUGGCCAUCACACUUGCAAAAACUAUUUUCAAUCAAACAUAAAUUUGGAACCAAUUUUGUGUUCUGAUGACUCUUCUGUGUUACUUAGUUUUGAUAACAACAUUCCAAGUAAACAAGAAUAUCAGGUUGCACCACCAUCGCAAUUACCGCGGACACAACUUCUUGCUUCAAUAAAAGAGGAUCCCUUGAAAGAGAUUCAUGAUGAUUAUUUUGAUCAAAAUCAAUUGUUCUUAUCAGAGAACAUCCUAUCAUGUUAUCUGAAACAUACAGCUAUGCUGUUAUCGGCUGAAUCAUUUGAAUUUGAGAAUGUUUAUGACCAGUUUGGAUUUUGA